AUGACCUCACUGGUUCCAGUGCCAAAACCUUCAUAUUCCCCGACCAGAGAAGCUCUAGUGAAGGCUAUUCCCUCAAAAGUCAUCUGUCUGCUGGCCUGUGGGGGGAGAGACUGUCGAUAUGAAGGCCCUGCCUGCUGGAGACCCAGUCAACAAGCCAUUAAGGGGCUUUUCUCUAGCUGGGUGACUGAUGACAUUGUUGCCAUGGCACGACCGUCUACCCAUCUCAUUAAGAGAUACAACAUGAUAGACCAGUUUAAAAAGUUAAACAUUAAAUCCAUCAUUAACAUGCAGCUACCUGGUGAACACACACACUGUGGCCCUGAACUGGAUCCUGACAGUGGCUUCACAUAUUCACCUCAAAUAUUCAUGGAGAACCAGAUUUACUUCUAUAACUUUGGCAUGCCUGAUUUUGGUGUAUCGUCUCUGGAGGGGAUGCUGGACGCAGUAAAAGUUUUAGCCUUUUCUGUGCAGGAAGGUAAAGUGGCUGUGCACUGUCACGCUGGACUGGGCAGAACAGGAGUUCUGAUUGCUUGCUACUUGAUCUAUACACUGAGAAUCAGUGCCAGUGAGGCUGUGCACUACGUUCGGAUAAAGAGACCCCGUUCCAUUCAAACCCGAGCACAGAUCGACUUGGUGUUUGACUUCGCGAGGCUCCUGGGCUUCACGUUGGCACAGUUUCCCUGUCAGAGCCUGCGACACGGUACACCUUUCAGCCUCGGUCAGUAUCUCCAGCACCAGGCCCUGCUGUUACAUGGGAAAGAGGCUCAGCAGCUCAUGUACACCCCCAAAAUCCUGCAUCUUCUGUGCAGCCUUUUAGUGACCCUCUGUCAGGAAGCAGCCGGUUCUCCUGAAGUUCAGGUGGAACUGAAGAGAAAGGCGAGCAUUCUGGAUCUACAGCGGGUUGUAAGGGCCACGCUGGUGCUGAGACGGUAUCUGCCUGUCCUGAUAGAGGAGGAAGAUUCUUAUGAGUCUGUGUCUUCAUGCGUUGAGCCUUUUGGAUUCCUAGAGCGGAAAAGGAACGUGCUUCUGAACAAGCGCAGUUACAGUGACUCAGAUCUGAGCAAAAUCUCUUUAAAUGAGGGCACUGAGUUCAUACACAGCUUUGGAUUAUUUAAGGAAGGCGACAAACUCAGCAAUGGGAUUAUACAUUAUUUAAAAGAUGAGAAAUCAAUUAAUUCUGCGAUCAAUGCCACGGUGAAUACGAGUGAUUGUGUGGCACACAAAUGCCCCCCUGUUUCUCCAUCAAAUUCUCACAUAUCUAAGAGCAACUCUGGCAAGAAAGCAAACAGAUUGAUGAACAAAUUCCAGCCGUUUCCACCAUUCAGCUCCAAUACAGAGCUUUGUAAAAACCACAGAACUUGUAAAUUAUCAAUAGCAUCAAGAGCAGUUGCCAACACAAUGGCACAACAAGAACCUCCCGGAGACAAAAUCCUUCAGAGAGCAGCAUUAUUACAGAAGGAACUGAACGUAAGUGCGUAUGGAUGGGCCACACUAGCCAAGGAGACGGAUCCAAAAGUUCUUAGUGCUCUAAUGUGGGACUGGCUAGAGAAACUAAAGGAACCUUUACUCAGCGCAGGUGACAUUAACAAUCUAAUAAACAUACCUGGACAAAAUCCUCUUAUAAUGCUGAAUAAGUCUCAGCGUUGCACACUGUGUUGCCUGCUGGAUUGCAUUGCUCGAGUGACGGCUCAGUGCCCACAGUUUACAAAUGCCAUCCUGCUACGACUUAUACAGGCACUGACCAAGUGCUCUACAGAGAUGGCAAACCAUGUCGCCCUACUGAAGAUGUUUGAAGCUAAAAUAAAAGAUCUGCGACGUCUCUCACAAUUCCGCUUAGUCACAGGGGUACCGGUUACCAACAAAACCUCUUUUGGAGCUCAAAUCAAAUAAAGAAAAUAA